AUGAACGGUUGCGAGGAGAAGCCACGCAAUCGCACCUUACUCGCUAGAGCUUUACGAAUAGGUAAAGAACCUCAAACUCUCGACUCAACUACUGCCAGCACGCCAUAUUCGAAUCAGUAUGGUUUUCUCGCGGUUCCACUUAAGACUACGAACGAGGUCGACCUGGUGAAACCACUGACGACAUUCUUCAGCACACUAUUUAAAGGAUCUUCUCCAAAUGUUCACGUACUGAAAGAAGCCAUUGAGACGCAAAACUCCAUCGCGGACACCUUUCUCGAACGAGCUGCAGUACUGUUCAAUUACGGUGCCGCUCUUUCUGAAGCUGCUGCAUCCCAGACGUUCCUCACAGAUGGCGAGACGAAAACGGCUGCCAAACUCUUUCAACAAAGUGCCGGAGUGUUUGCUCAUUUGCGAGAUUUAAUGCAACUGUCGAUGCCAAAAGGCUUCACAACGGACCUCGUACCGAGCACGUUGACGGCAUUGUCAAGUAUAAUGCUUGCCCAAGCUCAGGAAUCCUUCUAUAGGAAGGCGUAUGCAGAGAAGAUGAAUCCAUCGGCACUCGUCAAGAUUGCGGCCCAAACAGGAGACCUCUACUCAGAAGCUAGCAAAUUAAUGGACAUCUCGAAAGGUUACUGGAAAAAGGACUGGUUAAACGUCGUUUCGGGUAAAGCGUUUGGAUUCCAAGCGAUAGCCGAACUGCAUCAAGCGCAGGUCAACUGGGAACGUCACGAAGUCGGCGAACGUUUGAGCCGACUGAAACAUGCCUUCGAACUCGUGGAAAAGAUGAAAAGACGACUACAACCGACCUGUUUCCGGGAACAAAUCUCGGAAAUCGAAAAUGCCUACAAAUCCUCGACAAGUGAUAAUCGUCUCAUUCUUGAUGAACCUCUAUUGCAGUACCACGAACGAAUUCCUGAUUAUUUCACUCUUGCCGCACUUCCACGAGCUGUAUUGGCGAAGCUGACCCCAGUGGAGAAACCGCUUUGCCCCACUUUCAAAGACGUUUUUGCUGCGGUGGUUCCUGAAACGACGAUGGCAGCGAUGAAGAAGUUCGAGCAGAUGAAGGCCGAGCAACUCCAGAAGUUGAAAAAUCGUCUUUCCGAACAGACGGAAUUGAUGGAUUGCAUUGUGGCAUCAUUAAAUGCUCCAGAUGUGAUACCGGAGGAGGUGAAGCGGAGUUCGUCAGAGGUGAAAGAAGCAGGUGGAGCAGCAAAUAUGCGUAGGAAAUUGAACGAUUUAACUGUGUCACGUAAACGGAACAGCGACAUGUUGGCCGAAAUCGAUCGUAUACUAGUUGAUGAGAAUCGCAGUGACAUGGAUCUUCGUCGACAGCUUCGAUCGGAUCGAGUAAGAAUCACCAGCGAAGAACUCGUAGGGCCAUUCGUUCAAGAAAUCUCGAAGCAUCUGGAUGAUCUGAAAGAAGCGUCUGAAGUCGACAAAGUGCUUCAAAAUCGAUUCGACUCGAAUGAAAAAGCCAUUGAUAUGCUUAGUAAAAGCGAGAGAGAGCUCCGGUCACUUAUACCGGUUCCUCCGUCUCAGCUUUCGAAAAAGGCUUCUGAAACGACUAGCACUCUACUGAAGUUACUGGAUAGAGCCAAGAUGAUCAAACACGAGAGAGAAGAUAUCGUCAAGGUAAUCCUUUCCAAACUGGCAACUCCCAUUGAAGCUGCCGAGAAGGCGGAAAUGAAUGACAUUCUAAACAUCAACGACGAGGACUACAUAACGAAGCAUGUAGGAAAGAAAUGGAGUGCUCGGUUUUCAUUUGGAAAUGACUCGGAAACCUCGUCUCAACGAAGAAAAAUGCUGCGAUCACUGCAACUCGGUUAUGAAGCCUUCAAAGAGAUCCAACAAAAGCUGGAUGAUAGAAUCAAGUUCUACAACAAUCAAGCAGCAGCACUUCGACGCCUCCAAGUGAAAGUAAACGACUUUGCUUUUGCACGCCAGACAGAGAAGGAGGAACUGCUCCGUGGACGUCGAAUUUUCGAAUCAUCCAGAAGAGGUGCUGAACUCUCGUUACUCGCAUCAGCGCCGUCGUUGCAACCUCAACAAUUCAACCCCCCACCUUUCUACCCUGCACCGACAUUUGUUCAAGGAGCUGCUUAUACUAGCGGCAUGGCACCCCCACCUCUACUACCUGCACAGCCGCAAUAUGCCUAUCCACAGUAUCCCUAUUACGGAGCAACCCAACCGACCCUACAACCUGCUUACGACUACAGUAUGCAGUCAGCAACGACAACUACAACAUCAUCUGGCCCUAACCCUCAAAACUGUCCCACAUACCCCGCUGAGCCUUGGAAUCCUAACUAG